AUGAUUUUCUCCCUCUUCUUUGACUCUUUUUAUUUUGUGGGUGUUGGAUAUAUUAAAGCAUAUGAUGCUCUUGGUGAUGCAUUUCUUCUCUCCAUGCAUAUUUUCUCCCUCUUCUUGAUGGCACCAUUCCAUGGUUGCAACGUGGCAGGUAGGAACCAGAACCUUGCACAUGAUGUAUUUUCUUGGACUGAUGCAAGUGUAAACCAGAACCUUGCACAUGAUGUAUUUUCUUGGACUGAUGCAAGUGUAAACAACACAUCUCUAUGCAUAUUCUACUGA